AUGCCAGCAGCCUCUCAGCCCUUCUCUACGUCGGCAUUACGUAUUCCACCUCAGUAUUAUGUCUUCUUCCAUUUCCAGGACAGGCUCGGGAUGCUACACUUGUGGUGGCGUGAUGCAAACCCCAUCCCACAGAACAACCACACUGACUUCUAUUAUCAAACGCUAAGCCCCAACGUGACGGAAGAAGGGCACAUGCUGCAGAUGAGAGAAUCUGUCACUACUCCUAACAAAAGGGUUGGAAACGACGCCUACCUUCGGCAACUACCCCUGGUCUCGCGUUCUGCAGGACCGCUGCUAACAAGUGAGGCGACACUAGCUGUGCACCACCCGCAAAAGCUCGUUGUGAAGCUGUCUGCAGUACCUGUAUGA